GUCUUGACAUCAUGCACACGCAACCCAGCUUAUACAUUGUCGCUCUCCGCGUACUUGUUAGUCGAUGCAACGAGGGCACUCACCAUGUGCCCAAAGAAAUGGGCAUCUGUGCUCCAAUGUACCGUUCUUGAAUGCCCAAAUGCCCUCACUUCUUGCCCCAGUCUCUUUGACGUCUUCGAUGGACCCGCCGGAACCGAUAGCAAUACCACUACCUGUGAUGCACUGGGCAAUGGCAUCUGCAAUGCGUUCGGGCCCAUCGAUGAGGACUGCUGCCUCGCCCCUUGCGUGCAAUCCAUUGUGGAUCUCUCUACCUGUGUCGUGGAGGCGACCGUGGGACAAUUUCUUGAAUGCAGUGUUCCAGACUGCUCCGGCAACAUUACGACAAUAGCGGAAGAAGCACCGAUUCCCCCCACCGGCGCCCCAACAGGAACACCAACAUCUCCGCCAACUAGUCUUCCUACUGGCACUUCCACUGGAACUCCAACAGGUACACCAACAUCUUCGCCAACUGGUCUUCCCACGGGUGCAGGGAAUCCUUCCACCAGCGCCCCAACAGGCGCAGGGAAUCCUCCCACAGGCGCAGGGAAUCCUCCCACAGGCGAUGAAAAUCCCGCUACUCCUUCUAACUACGCUGGACCACCCUUGAUCGAUUUGGACACAAGUUUUGACACCAGUUUUCUUCCGGAGGGCUUUGGCUUUAGUUUUGGAGAGUAUCGCAUCGGAGACAUCGAUAGCGCUUGUCCAGAAUGGCAAAUCUUUGUCCAGUGUGUCAUUUCCGAUUGCUCCCAAUUCCUCGACGAUUGCGAUGGAACUAUCAGGGAAGGCGACGGCCCAUCUGUUGUGGCCCGACAAGGGGCUUCGACGGGGCCUACCUGCGGCGACCUCCAGAAUGAUAUGUGCCGGGUAUUGUCUGGCGAAAGCUGUUGUCUUGCAGAGUGCUUGGCCCACAUGCAAAAUCUGGUCACCUGCGUGCAACGCGAGCUCGCUGACAACGACUUGUCGUCGUGCUCUGCCGUGGCGUGUACUGCCGAAGACUCUCCUGGUUCUGGUGCAGCAGUUGUGGCCCGUUCCGGCAAUGUUGUUGAGGAAAAGCCGGUGAAAAAGAGUUACCCAGAGCCGGCCGAAGAAGAUAAUAUUCUUGGUGUGAUGAUCUCAUCAGGAGGCACCAGAAUUCGCCACAGCGUGCUGUCCAUUGCACUGGCCACACUCUUGACGCUGGGAGUUACCCUUCGUCUUUGAUGGAAGGUUUGUUUGGCUACUAUUGCUACUCUACUCAGACGCCAGGACUGUGCCUAUCUUUUUUGUCUUGUUGCCAUUUAGUUACGUUUCGCCAUUUGCCUGCCUUCUGGCCAGUUGGCCAAGGUAGUCGUUACCAAAAUUAAAGUUAAAGCCUCGACGACAUCCAGGUAUUGGCCAUAACACUACUAGCUAUUAAUAGCUAGCUAGCUACGAUACGAUACCGUACCGGUACCUAUGACCGAGUCUGGAAGUUGUAUCACUCACUGGCUACCGGUACCGGUAGCAGAGUUCUUCUCAGCGGUGAAUGCACCUCUACCGUAGUACCGGUAUCCUCAUUAGCGUUCAUGGCGACGACCUGCGUGCGUCCUGCCGGUCUUCACCAACUGGUUGCGGUCGUCUCCAGACGGAUGUACUCACCGGUGCAUCAUGUCGGUCUUCAUCAACCGGUUGCUUCCCUGCUCUAAAACCACCGUCCUUCAAUCGGUAUCUCCACGGACCCUUUGCUCACGAGUCCAAGUCACUCGAGUGCACUACGCUUGCACUAAUGAAGCGGUCCUUCUACAUGUUCAGAGUUGAAAUUUCCUGGCUCAGGUUUUCAGUUCCAGAGAACCUGAUCAUGAUUAGCUCAAGGGCUCAAGCAUCCACUAUUCAUACCGACAGCACCACUUGUGAAGGUGCCCCCUCUCUAGCCAGCCAUUGACUUUCCAUUAGAGGACGGCAGACAACGGUUUUUUUUCAAGGAUGCUCUCUUGUCUCCCACGGGAUCUCGAGCAAGGUAUCAACCGCUUCAAGAAAUCACUCGGCUUGUCAACCUGGGUUAGUGACUCCAUCCCUUCUUCCCAAACGUAGUAGUUUCCCCAACGAUUUAAAGCCACCGCUGACCCUCCAGACUCCAGACACCGUAUGAAGGCGUGGCGGAUGUUACCUUGUUUGGCCUGGAUGCUAAUAAGGUCUUGCCCAACGAUGGUCACAUGGUCACCUCCCCGCUCCACAUCCCAAGUUCCACUGAAUGAAAUCAUUCUGAAUGAAAUCAUUCGUUUCAUUUCCACCGGAUUUUUAAAACAGUCAGUGAUCCUGCCGAUCGCCUGCCCGGAAACAAGAGACUCGACUCGUCCGCAGACUCCGCAGCCGCAGCCUUCCAAAACGGCUUCCUGGAGGCUCUUUGGGGAUCAGCGGAUCAGCGGAUCAGUAAGGUACUAGUACAUCGUAGGUGCGUACCAGUGUCCGUUCUAACUAAGUAUUAAUAAAU